AGGUAUGUUCAUACAGCUGAACACACGACUCUGUAGCUGGAAGUAUCGUCAACUACACAGUACUAUCCUCCUCACAUCUCGGAAGAAUAAUGCAACUAUUCGCCAUGAUGAACGACCAAGUAUCGGACUCAGCGCCGCCAUUCAAACCUUCACCAGGGCCCCGGAAACAACCCAUCGCAGUCGCCCCACGUUGGGUCCCCCCUCCAGCCGUCAUUCCUUCCAGAGCCAAACGAAGUCGAACAGUCGACUCACUUCGGACCCAAUACCUAGCCGCACCACCGGCCGCUCCACCAGCAGCAGCACCGGUCGCUCCAACAGCAGCACCGGCCGCUCCUCCAGCAGCAGCACCGGUCGCACCACUAGCCGUAGCACUGGCUGCACCACAAACCUCAACUCCAGCUGCCCUUCAAGCAGUAGGAGCCCGGAGAAGUGCCAGGCUGGUAGGGAAACCUCAGCGUAGCCAUGUAACUUCUUUCCCGCAAAUUACCGACAGUGAGGGUAACAGUGGAAUUGAGGAUGAUGGUGUUGAGUACGAUUUUGGCGAACAGACGAGUUUUAGUUAGAUUUGUACAUAUCGAUUCUGUGGACAGCCCGAGAAUUCUCUCCGAGCACAUA